CAACUCAAUAGGUGAAAGUAGAGAAGAAGAAGAAGAAGAUGGCCGCAUCGUUGAGGUGGAUACUGCAACUCCACAAGCACGUGCCAAAAGCGGCAAGGUUCUACUCAGAGGGAUUGGGCUUCACCAUCAAUGUCUGCACUCUCCGUUGGGCCGAGCUCCAUUCUGGCCCCCUCAAACUCGCUCUCUUGCACUCUCCCAGUGACCAUGUCACACAGAAGGGAUCAUCCUCACUCCUAUCUUUUACGGUGACUGAUAUUAACAAUACAGUGGCAAAACUAGUGGCUUUAGGUGCUGAACUGGAUGAUCCUAUCAAAUAUGAGAUCCAUGGCAAGGUUGCAGCCAUGAGGUGUGUUGAUGGGCACAUGCUAGGUCUUUAUGAGCCUGCCUGAGUACCAAAAAACCUGCAUGUUGACAUGCAAGCAGCCAAAAGAAUUGUCUUGUUUAAGUAUUCCAGAUGAAGAACACGAAGCAAUGGGAAAUCACAUUCCUCUAGUUGCGCUGCAUAUGAUACACAUGUCAAGCACAUGAACAGAGGGUUUGUAUGGUGAUGGACCUUCAAACUGUAUGGCAGUUAGAUGCAAGUGUCGCCCAAGUGUAGUAGCGGCUGCUAUUCGCCUCUUCUUGGAAUGGGAAAGACUACAUAAAAUCACCUGGCUGCUGGUAAUUGGAAGGACUAACCUCUUCAAGUGACUGGAAACUGCUAUCCCCUUUCAGAUUUCAACUCCCAUGAAAAUUAACAGAGCAGUCAGGAUGCUACAGUUGAAAAGGGGUAGUAAAUUGUUCAGGUUUUUUUUUCCCAGGGAGGUAUUAUCUAUUUCAGGUUUUAAACCUUUGACUCUGUAAAAUAGUACGUACGUGCAGUUAAAUAGAA